GCACUUGUGCGGGACCACCUUCUUUUCGGGCGCCCGUCGGAGCGAGGCCGCGCGCGGGCAGGGCGAGUUGCGCGCGAGGAGCGGAGAGCUGGAUUCCUCGCGCCCUUGCGCCACCGCCGCCACUCGCAGCCGCUCGCUCGGGGGGGUGCCUGGGAGUGGCCGGGGGCAGAGGGGCCUCUCGCCGUGGGGCUUGUGCCGCCGUUGCAUGCCAUGGAUCACACGCUCUUCGGCUGCCUGCGCAGCCCUCACCAUGCCCCCGGGCAGGGCUUGCACCCCUUCUCGCAGUCGGCGCUGGCCCUGCACGGCCGCUCCGAUCCCAUGUCCUACCCCGAGCUCUCGGCUUCGUCCUCUUCCUGCAUCAUAGCGGGAUACCCCAACGAGGAGGGCAUGUUUGGCAGCCAGCAUCACAGGGGGCACCAUCACCACCACCACCACCACCACCACCAUCCCCACCAACAGCCGCAGCCGCAGCAGCCCCUGCAGACGAACUGGCACAUCCCGCAGAUGGCCUCGCCGCCGCCUCCCCCGCCGCCUCCGGCCUCGGCCAGGCACAGCCUGUGCCUCCAGCCCGACUCGGGAGGAGCCCCGGAGCUGGGCACCAACCCUCCCGGACUGUGCUCCAAUUCGUCCAGCCUGGGCAGCAGCACCCCGACGGGGACGGCGUGCGCGCCGGGAGAUUACGGCAGGCAGGCACUGUCGCCGGUGGAAACCGAGAAGCGAGCGGGCAAGAGGAAAAGCGACAGCUCAGAUUCUCAAGAGGGAAAUUAUAAAUCAGAAGUCAACAGUAAACCAAGGAAGGAAAGAACAGCUUUCACUAAAGAGCAGAUCAGAGAGUUAGAAGCGGAAUUUGCCCACCACAACUACCUCACCAGGCUGCGGAGAUACGAGAUAGCAGUUAACUUGGAUCUUACUGAAAGACAGGUAAAAGUUUGGUUCCAGAACCGGCGGAUGAAAUGGAAGCGGGUAAAAGGGGGGCAGCAAGGGGCUGCCGCACGGGAAAAGGAACUGGUGAACGUGAAAAAGGGCACACUGCUUCCCUCAGAGCUUUCUGGCAUUGGUGCAGCCAGCCUCCAGCAUACAGGGGACUCACUAGCAAAUGAUGACAGCCACGACAGUGAUCACAGCUCUGAGCAUGCACAGUUAUGAUAAAGCAUGAAAGAGUCACAACUCCAUUCUCAGGAAAGAUAUGCUAACACAGCAAGCUUUACAUGGACAUUAUGGACCUAUGCAAGUGACUCCAGCAAUAAAACAAAAUUGGAUGUAUGGUUUCUGCUUCUCUUGGAACCUUUUUAGCUAAAUUCAGUAAGUGCCAUGUCUUAAAUGUGCCUUAUGAGCUGAAGCACCCCCAAUACCUUGCUUUUGAACAUUCCAGUUAGUUUGUCAUUUCAGUGACAAUGGGCAGGUAUUUUUUGCUUUUGCUUGCACUGAAAAUGCCAUUGUUUUCAUUAAAGUUAAUAUUCUGGGGAAAAUGUAAAAACCGCAGUGCCAACAGAAACACUGUCUAGUGGAUAAGAAAUAUAUUUUAACUCUGUAUAUAUCUAUUUUACAGCAUUUGUACUUUUCACUCAUUUUUAGCAAUGCAAUCAUAUUAGCUGAUGGCAAUAGUCACUCAUGGCAAUAAAUGGCUUUUUAUCUCUAUUCUUGUUUUGUUGCCCCACAGAUAACUAUAAUAAGUGCAGACAAUUGAGUUUGGAGAGUGAACAAUGCACAAGAGUCUGCUAGGCAAAGUCCUUAUACCACAGACAAAACAAAUCUUAUGUUGCAUUUACUAUCAAUUGCUGCUAAUCGGAAUUUAUUAAACCUUGCUCCUCAAAUCUUCUUAUUGUAUAAUAGCAAAGUUGUUCUUCUAUGAUCAAACAAGAUCUACCAUCCAUUCAAUUUUUUUACACUUUAUAUAUUUUUGACAUUUUGGCUCACAGCAGCUGCUAGCCACAUGCCAUGUGUUCCAGAGUAGCUCUGAUCCGCUUAGUAUCACUGUCUCAAAGGUACUGAGUGGUAGUGAGUAGCUUGUGUACACAAACUGGACACUUUUAUCUUCUGCACCAUCACUCAGAUCUCUUUAAGCCAUAAGGAAGAUUUGACUAUCCCUGGUAACUGUCAAACAAAUUGAUUAAACAAAGCUCUGUAUCAAAAUGCAAAGGUCAAGGCAUCCUUUCUUUUCCAAGGUUGUGUGUAAAUACAGUCCAAACUUUACACAAACCAUUGAUUGUACUUUGUAAAGGAAAUCUUUAAUAAAUGAUGCUUUUGAAAUAC